UUUCUGACAAAUGUGGGCCGAGGCCCCCGGGGAGAGCGCAUGGGGAGGGGGCUGCAGUGGAGUUGAGAAUGGCUCGAGUUUAAAGUGCGUCUUCAUUUCUUUGCAGUGAUGAGGCGAGAGACGGGGGAGCCAUAUUUGUAACUUUGUAGUGUUCGUGAACGCGCCCUUUCUCUCCCUCCCUCCCUUUCUCUGCCUCCCUUCUUCUCCUCUUUCUCCCUCACUCUUUCCACCCCACCUUCGGGCCAGAUGCUGAUGUUUCUUCCUUUCCUUCCGAAGGGAGGAUAAAUUGGAAGAAGCGGGGGGUGGGGUGGGGGGAUUUUCGAACGGGCAGAAAAGCACGGAUGAUCCCCGCGCCUCCCCACCUAGAGCGAUCGCGGUUGCAAGUUAUCCAAAGGCUACGUCCCGGUCCCCGCUCGCCCUGACUUCAUCCGGCCUCCCUAAGAUGCCAGCCUUUGAGUCCUGGGGUCCCUCGGCACGUCUUUCUCCAGGGUGGGCUCCUCGGCAGCCAUUCGGCACCCGGCUAAUAAAUGGGCACCGGAAACUUUGUCAGGACGCGAGCUGCCCGGAGCUGGUGCCCGUGGUGAAAGAGCUUGUCCUGGACAACUGUCGGUCGAAUGAAGGCAAAAUUGAAGGCCUCACAGAUGAAUUUGAAGAACUGGAGUUUUUAAGUACAAUCAAUGUAGGCCUCAUCUCAGUCGCAAACUUACCAAAGUUGAACAAACUUAAAAAGCUUGAACUAAGCGAUAACAGAAUCUCAGGGGGCCUGGAAGUAUUGGCAGAAAAGUGUCCGAACCUCACGCAUCUAAAUUUAAGUGGCAACAAAAUUAAAGACCUCAGCACAAUAGAGCCACUGAAAAAGUUAGAAAACCUCAAGAGCUUAGACCUUUUCAACUGCGAGGUGACCAACCUGAAUGACUACCGAGAAAACGUGUUCGAGCUCCUCCCACAACUCACAUAUCUCGAUGGCUUCGACCAGGACGACAAGGAAGCCCCCGACUCUGAUGCCGAGGCCUACUUGGAGGGCCUAGAUGACGAUGAGGAGGAGGAGGAUGAAGAUGAAGAGUACUAUGAGGAUGCUCAGUUAGUGGAAGAUGAGGAGGACGAGGAAGAAGAGGAGGAGGAGGAGGAGGAAGGUGAAGAGGAGGAUGUGAGUGGAGAGGAGGAGGAGGAUGACGAAGACUAUAACUACGGGGAAAUAGAGGACGAGGACUAUGAAGAAGAAGGUGGUGAAGAAGAAAGGGGUCAAAAGCGAAAACGAGAACCUGAAGACGAGGGCGAAGAAGAUGACUAAGUGGAAUAACCUAUUUUGAAAAAUUCCUAUUGUGAUUUGACUGUUUUUACCCGUAACCCCUCCCCCCAAGUCCUGCCCCCCGAAACUUAUUUUUUUCUGAUUGUAACGUUGCUGUGGGAACGAGAGGGGAAAAGUGUACUGGGGGUUGU